GGAAAGAUCCAGCUAUGGCUUUGGCAGGAGCCCUUCAAGGAUUUGGGAUUCUGAUGCUGAUUCUUUACAAUGGAAACCUUGCAGAUGCCAGAGUAACGUCAACAAAAUUGCUCAUACCUUUCCCGCCGGCCCAGCCCACACCUCAGAACCUGGCUGCCAUUUGCCAUCAGGGUCAAGGUCGUCCCAGGUACCCAGACAGCAUCUUCCCGAGGUCCGGAGUCGGCAACCUUCGGCGCCGCGGGAAGGCUAUCAACCGCUUGGAGCAGUGGUUCACUUUGUGCUGUCUUGAGGAGGGAGAGGACCCGAACGCAACCAUCCUCUGCUGUACCCGGCAAGCUUGGAAAAAGGCCCUGUCCCAGUUCUGUAGGGAGGAGUACAGCACCAUGACUGCCACCUACGAGUGCUGCAGGAAGCAAGGAGAUGAACGGUGGUCUUGUUUUGACAGUGAGCUGCCUAACCCAGACUACAACCCAACACCAGGCUACACCGCACCCGUAAUACCUGCAGAGACUGGGUUCACUUUUGAGGCAAAUUCAUGCUAAAAGUUAACAAAAACGAAUGUUUUUAAACACAACUCAAUGAAAUGUGAAUGAAAUGAUGCCUUGAACUGAUCAAGCAGGAAUGAUGUUGCCUGGGCGUACAUAUUCUGUUAAUGUAUCCAUAAAUGUGCCCACAAGAGGUCCCAGUUUGUGUCAA